AUGACAUCAACGAAAACUGUUCCUAAUGUAACAACGCUUAGCAUAACCCAGCCAUGGAAUGCCUCAAAUGCAAAUACAUCGACAAGUCCUUCAGUAGUUGGAUCUAGAAGUUUGGAUUUAAAUGGUCAAAAUAUUGCUUGGUUGGUUUUGGCAAUAUUCACUCUACUCACCAACUGUUCAUUUUUAUUUUUAAUUUCAUAUAUUAAGAACUUAAGAAAACCUAGUAAUAGCUUUAUUGCUAGUAUGGCUGUUUUAGGUAUACUCUGGUCAGCGAUGUAUAUUUUUCCUCGUUGGGCGUUAAGUUCAAUCAUUAAUAAUUCUGAAAAUUGGUUCUACUGCAGCUUAACAGCGCUUCUUGGUAUCUUUUUCACUAUAGUAAUCAAUCUUCAUUUAUGCUUGAUAAGCUUAGAUAAAUACAUUGCAAUUAUAUUCCCGUUCUUCUACUUGAAACAUGCUACUAAUUAUGCUAUCACAAUUUCCAUUGGUGUGGUCUGGGUAUUACCUUUAUCAAUCGCUAUUAUUCCACCAUUAACAUUUCGCAAGUUUAGCUCUGGAGCUUGCGUUUUAGUAAAUUCCAACAAUUUAGCCGCAGAAGAAAGUUAUUUCAUUGCAGUCUUUUCAAUAUUAUUUUUUGUCCCAAUUAUUUGCAUGGUCUUUGCCUAUAGUCAUAUAUUUUUGAUUGCCAAUAAGCAGCUUAAAGUAUUGGCAGAUCAAGAUAAUUCUCAACGCAGGUUUCUUAACAUUAAAGCAGCUAAAUAUCUAUCAAUAAUUGUUGGCGUUUUUCUCAUCGCGUGGUUACCAUAUGUCAUCUUCUUUUUCGCACUUUAUGUCGGAGCAGUUAGACCUAACCUUGAAAUCAUUGAUGCACUUUUCGUCUUACGAUUUUUGGCAUUCUCUUAUCCAUGCAUUAAUCCAGUUAUGUAUGGUCUUUUACAAUCAGAUUUGCGUAAGUAUAUUAAUAAACAAAUGUUUUUUCGUAACAACAGGAUCGAAAUGUUAUCAACAUCUCAAUUUGGAUUUAGUAAUGGUAGACCAAAAUAA